AUGAAUGUCCGGCCGCCCAUAGAGUCUUCAAGCCCAACGGCUGUGCUGUCAGUCUCAUUCAACAACGACGCUAGCUGCUUCGCCGUCGGCCUCGAAUCGGGCAUCUGCAAUUUCAAUGCCGGUAUUGGCCUGGUCCGCAUGAUGGGCAUGACCAACUACUUGGCACUUGUCGGUGGUGGACGUUCUCCCAAAUUUGCCAUGAACAAGGCAAUAAUAUGGGACGAUAUGAAGGGCAAGGUGGCGCUGGAGAUUGCUGCCCUCAGCUCCGUCCGAGGCGUCCAGCUUGGCCGCGAGCGCAUAGCCGUAGUGCUUCAGAGCAGUGUUCGCGUCUACUCAUUCUCCAAGCCUCCCAGCCUUCUGCAUGUAUACGAGACGGCAGACAACCUUGCCGGACUGUGCUGCAUGUCCGACAAGAAGCUGGCCUUUCCCGGCCGCACCGCUGGCCAGAUCCAGCUCGUCGAGCUCGCCACUGGCAACGUGAGCAUCAUCCCAGCUCACUCGUCCGCCCUCAAGGCCAUCCAGCUCAGCCCAGACGGCGAGCUUCUUGCCAGUGCCAGUCAGACGGGCACACUGAUUCGCGUCUACUCCACCAGCAACUGUGCCAAGAUUGCCGAGCUGCGUCGCGGCAUCGACCCUGCCACCAUUUACUCCUUAGCCUUCUCUCCGCCCGGAGACUACCUGGCUUGCACCUCUGACAAAUCCACACUCCACAUCUUCGACGUCCCUCACCCUCGACGCACGGCACCACAUCGAAGUCAACAGCUCGGUAGCAGCAACGAGUCAGAUCCCGGCAAAUGGGGUAUUCUGGGCAAAAUUCCACUCAUGCCUCGUGUCUUUUCCGAUGUAUACUCCUUCGCCUCCGCGCCUUUUGAGGCAGGUGACGAAGGCACGAUUGGUGGCAUUCCGUUUUCCGAGGCAUCAACAUUAGGGACAACGAGGCUCUGCAAGGGCGUCAUUGGCUGGACAAGUAAUGACAGUCUCGUUGUCAUCGGUGCAGGGCAAGAUGCUCGGUGGGAAAAGUUUGCCAUUACCGAGGGGGAAGAGGGUAAACGACAUUGCACGAGGGAAGGUUGGAAACGAUACCUUGGAAAUACGUAG